GGCAUGGCAUGGCAUGAGAAAGAGCAUCAUGGCAUCAUAUAUAUAGACACCAAGAAAAUGGUUUAUAUGAAUCCAAUAGAUUUAAGCACAAGUUGCAAUACAUUUUCAUACAUUCUAUAUAUAGGAUAGGAGUGUGAGUGUCUUGUUUUCAAAGAGUGCACUCUUGAACAAAAUAAGGUGUAUAUGUUUUACACUAGCACUGUACUUUUGAUGAACAAAGUUCUUUGAUUUUGAUUGAAGAAUGAGUGCAUCUGAGGGAUCAGCUGAGGGAGCAGCAGAAGUACAUAUUGUUCAUGUUAGUGAUAGGCAGAAUGUUCCUCUGGAAGAAGUAACAUCUUCAUUGGAGUUAAGCAAGGUUGAUUAUACAAAAGAGAGAACGAAAUCACUUCAUGCCCGUUAUUGUUUUGGCAUUAUAUUCUUGAUAAUGAAUCUUGUUGCAUGGUUUUUCCGUGAUUAUGGACAAAGUGUUCUACCUUGGAUUCGUUAUAUCAAAGUUUGUGGAAAUGAAGGAGAUGAUUGUUUUCAUUCAAUGGGGGUUCUCCGUGUGAGUUUAGGAUGCUUUAUAUUUUUCUUAGUAAUGUUUCUCAGCACAGUAAAAACAAGAAAAUUAUGUGAAGGUAGAAAUUCAUGGCAUUCUAGAUGGUGGGAAUUCAAGGCUGUUUUAUUGCUUUUAUCAAUGGCAGUACCAUUCUUCAUCCCUUCACAAUUUGUACAAAUAUAUGGCGAGAUAGCUCGUAUUGGUGCAGGGAUUUUUCUCCUUUUACAACUUGUGAGUGUGAUCCAUUUUAUCAUUUGGUGGAAUAAGUAUUGGACUCCAGACGAAGAAACGAAAAAGAGGUGCUCCUUUGGACUACUUGUGUCAACAUUGUUUUAUAUUGGUGCUAUAUGUGGGAUUGUGUAUAUGUACAGAUCAUACGCUUCAAGAGCUUCAUGUUCUCUCAAUAUAUUUUUCAUCGCAUGGACCGCAAUUCUUCUUGCUGCAAUUCUGAUCAUAUCCUUGAAUUCAAAGGUUCAUAGAGGUCUUUUAUCCUCAGGAAUUAUGGCUUCUUACAUUGUUUUCCUAUGUUGGUGUGCAAUCAGAAGUGAACCCGCCACCAUAAGAUGUGAGACAAAUAACCAAGAAAAAGGAAAUAGUGGUUGGAUAACUAUACUUGGAUUCCUUAUUGCCAUAUUUGCAAUUGUUUUGGCUGCCUUUUCCACAGGCAUUGAUUCCAAAUGCUUUCAGUUUUCCAAAAAUCAAGUUGAAAAUGAAGAUGAUAUUCCUUACAGCUAUGGAUUUUUCCACAUGGUGUUUUCCUUGGGAGCAAUGUACUUUGCAAUGUUAUUCAUCAGUUGGGAUCUGAAUAACUCAGCUAGAAAGUGGAGCAUUGAUGUUGGCUGGAUAAGUACAUGGGUGAAGGUUCUCAAUGAGUGGUUUGCUGCAACUAUUUAUAUAUGGAUGUUGAUUUCCCCAAUUGUGAGACAGAACAAAGUUAUGGAUAAUGAUACAACUAUGCAAGGCAGAGCUGACUCAGUUGAUGCAUAAUUGACAAUGGAAGAGUCAUCAAUAUUCUCCUCCUUUUGAUUUUUUGCUAUUCCUUAAGAUCAUUUUACGCUUCAAAUACUAAUUAAUCUUCGGUGAUUGAAAGGAAAAGUUCAUUGUUAAUGAAAUAAAAUGAUGAUUUUUAUGUCCCAGAUAGGAUAUCGAAUUUGAAAGAAAA